AUGUUUGACGAGCAGACCUAUCCCAACACGACGACCCUCACACCCGACCAGAAAGUCGAGCACUACCAAUCCGCUCUCACGCCCACUCCUACUGAUCGCGACUUCCUGCUCGCCCUUCCCGAGCCCCGGCCCUUUUCUGUCUUCCUCCAAGAAACGAGAUAUUACCUCGAGAGAUAUCCGCUAGCCUUAAUUGGCGAAGUGGGCCUGGACAAACAGUUUCGCAUUCCCGAAGCCUGGCUCCCAGGCCAAAGUAUAGAAAGAGAUGAUGGACUCACACAAGGCGGUCGAGAAGGUAGAAAUCUAUCGCCGUAUCGCGUAUCCAUGGACCACCAGAAAAAAGUCUUGCUGGCACAACUACAUCUAGCUGGAGAACUGGGGCGCGCGACUUCCGUCCACGGCGUCCAAGCCCACGGUGUCGUCUUCAACACCUUGCAAGAAACCUGGAAAGGACACGAGCGAAAAGUGCCUAGCAAGCGCGAGCGUAGAAAGCAAGAGGCAGCCAAUCCAACAACCACCGAGGACAAGGACCAAGUUGCGAGCGAAGAAAGAAAGCCAACACCCUACCCACCACGCAUAUGCCUACACUCUUACUCCGGGCCUCCAGAAACCAUAAAACAAUAUCUGGACCCACGAAUCCCUGCAAAGAUAUUCUUUUCCUUUUCUUCCGUUAUCAAUUUCUCCCAUGCAGGAGUCGCAAAGACCGAGGAUGCUGUCAAAGCUGUUCCUGACGACAGAAUCUUGAUAGAAAGUGAUUUGCACACUGCCGGCGAAAGAAUGGAUGGAUAUCUUGAAGAAGUUGUGAGGAAGUUGUGUGAAAUCAAGGGAUGGGAAUUGGAGCAUGGAGUCAAGCAGUUGGCCGCCAAUUGGAAGAACUUUGUCUUUGAUAAUGAGUAA